GGCGACAAUGUUGCAGCGAUGCGGCCAUCCACCGCAAUCGUGCCAGUGGGGCUCAGAGGCCACGGGUCCUCGGCCCGGCCCUGCGGGGGCCCCACGCAGAUGCAAUUGAGCAGAAGCCAUUGCAGACGGGCCAGUGGGCGUGGAGGCCAGGGAUCCUCCGCCGGGCCCUGGGGACCCCGGACGUGCUCCAGCCCCGUCUGGGCAGCCACGCCUCGGGGCGGCAGGGGGCCCCGGCCGGAUUCCCUGAGCGACGAGUACUGCGGGGCGGCGGUGAAGAAGUUCAACGUAACCCACAAGGACAAGAACAAGACGGAAAACGCGUCGGUCCCCUGGAUCGACACGUUCAAGACCAGCGGCGGCAUGAAGGCCAUGGGCGAGGCCAUCGCCCGCGGCAUGGUGAUGUCCCUCUCCGUCUGGGACGACGGCCUCUCGAGGAUGAACUGGCUCGACAGCCAGAAGGGCGCGAUUGACGACGACCCCGUCGACGUCGGGGUGUCGCGUGGCCCCUGCUCGUUCGAGUCGGGCGACGUGAAGGAGCUGAGGGCGGACAAGAAGAACAAGGAGGCGUUCGUGACGUGGAGCGACCUGAAAGUGGGGCCCAUCAACUCCACUUUCGGAGCCACCCCAGAGGAGCCGCAUAGGGAUUCGCAUAGGGAUUCGCAUGGCACUGCGCAGGGCAUCCGCAUCGGCAUCCGCAUCGGGAUCCGCAUAAACAUCCACAUAAGGCGCGCGGGGCGCCGGGGCGCGGUGCCGCAGGACGAGGAGCCGCUGGCGGCGCCCCGCGGCGACUGA